AUGCCUCUCGACACAUCAUCAUACUCGCUAGCAUUAUUGCGCCUCGAUGGCCGACGCUGGAAUGACCUACGUCGUCUUCAUGCCCAGGUCUCUACGCAGGCAGCGGCUGAUGGAUCAAGCUAUCUAGAAAUGGGCAACACCAAGGUCAUAUGCACAGUUCAAGGUCCAUUCGAAGCUUCGAAAAUGGGAAUGGCUGGUAGUUCCGCAAAUUCAGCACUGCUUCAGGUAGAUAUCGCAUUCGCCGGGUUCAGCGGGCUAGAGAGGAAAAGACGAGGUCGCGGGGAUAAGCACAUCAGCGAACUUCAACAGAUCAUCGUGGACUCUCUAACGGCAAAUAUUUUGACUACGCUGUAUCCUCGCUCCUCAAUUAACAUGACACUCCAUGUAUUGUCGCAAGAUGGCUCGAUACUCGCAGCGCUGCUCAAUGCCAGCACACUUGCCCUUAUAGAUGCCGGCAUACCCAUGAAGUCAUACCUUUGUGCUUGUACCGUAGGACAUACGACUUCGAGCUCUGGUAAUUCACAGAGUGAAAACGACAUUUCUGACCCAAUACUUGAUCUCAACUCUUUGGAAGAACAGGAGCUUCCAUUCAUGACAAUAGCAACGGUGUCCGGAGAGGCAGGAGAUGAAGAUAAACUCAGUGUGUGCCAAAUGGAGACUCGGCUGAGGAUGGAAAGGCUAGAAGAGAUGCUCGCGGUCGGUGUAGACGGAUGUAAGCGUGUCAGGGAAUUACUUGACGUAGUGAUACGUGCCCACGGACGAAAGCUGCUGCAGAAGGCAGCCGGGUGA